CACGUCUAUGGGCGCCCUCGUCAUUUUCACUUAUUUGCCGGUGUUUCUAUCGUUGGGGUUCUUUUCUGACAUCCCAUGUCCCGUUUCCAGGCUAGUGAACGACCUCGCUGUUUGUUCAGAUGUGCUUAGAAAGUGUGGAAGAUGAAAGAUUCCUCCUGUAAUUCGUCAACAGGAAAGCCGAACAACCUUCUUUUCGAUGUUGGUGACCACCUCCAGACGCUAGAGAGGCUCAACAAAGAAAUUGAGUGCAUAAAACACGAAGUAGAUUUUGAGCAAAUGCGCCUGUCCCACUGCCAAACUAAGGAGGCCGAACCUCAUCAUUCUCUAUCAAAGAGGUCUGAAAAGAGCUCAUGUUCAUACGGCACAGACCGUAGUCAAACCCAAGUCAGAAUGAACAAGUACGUCAUUGAUAACUCUCAACCAAGAACCGAUUUAGAGUACGACCCCAUGUCCAAUUUCUCUGCUGAUUUUGGUUCUUACAAACCAUCAGGGAAAGGGCAGCGGUUUAAAAAUGCGAGCGGUCUAAAGAGAGCCUGGACUGCUGAGGACAGUGGUGCAACAAAAGCCACGCAGCUGCUCUCUCCAAAAAUGAUGGACUCCUCAGAUGAUGGUAUCCUGGUCAUUGAUGUUCCACCGUCUCCUGACGAGAAAAGAAGUCGCCAGCAGAAGAAUGACAUGCGACAGGAAGAGGCAGAGCGACGUGGUGAUACUAACGUAAACGUGGCAACGUGUUCACCAGCCACCACAGCUGAAGCCAAAAUGACAUCAUCAAGCUCGAAUAAUAAGUUGCAAAACGAGUGCAUGGCUCGUUUUGAGGAUGCAGUCAACGAGGCCUUGAAAACCCUCCCCCCUGUGGGUCAAACUGCUGAACCGAAAGAGUCCAAUUGGCUCAAUAAGUUGCUGCAAGAAGAGGCACUGGCGUACUCCGUCAACACAAACAUUCAAAAGGAACCACAGUCAACUGAUAGUCACCACUUUCCCAAUAAAAGUGGCCUGGAGCUGCUGAGUGAGAUGUCAGAACUGAUGCAGAGUAAAGGUACAUGCCAAAGUGUCCUUUCCGAAAAGACAGCCACCGUUCCUUGCAGCAGCAGCAGCAGCCAUCAACAAAUGAUCAACCAGUGUGAAGCCAACUUGGAUUUGACCAGCAAAGCUACAGUGGAGCAGAUGCUGGGGAAGACAGAAGUCAUUGAGAUAUGCUCAAGCUCGGACGACUACAACGUAAACUGCUCCGACAUGGAGCUGUCUGACAGCGAUCCCAUGGAGGAAUGUUACAGGAUCUUCAUGGAGGCCCAUGAUGAGGAAGAGGGGAAGCAUGAACCGUCUAUUGUGCAACAUGCCGAAGUCCAGAGUCGCACAGAGCCAAAGGUCCUGGCCCCACUAACACAGCCAGAUCAUCGAGCACUCUCUCCCGGCUCAUCUAAAAUGCAACAGAUUCAACAUGAAUCUUCGAUGUUGACCACUUGUGUGAGUAGAGGUCCGGCCUUUCUCGCCUGCCCCAGUAAGCCAGAGCAUCAGACCACUUCAUUUCAAGCUGUGAUACCGAUGCAGCGCCCCGUGGUUAACAGUGCAGAGUAUGUGAGCUGCAUACCUCUUGGCUCUACUCUGGUUGAGGUGGGCAACAAUGUGCACCUGAUCCUUCCACAAGGAACCUUCCACCUUCCUGUCACCUCCAGCGCCAGCCCAGUCACUUCAGUUCUCACUCCCAUCACUCAUGUUCAGCUCAAAGCAGCGAACUUCCCACCAGCAACGAUGGUCGCACAAAAGCACCCCACUCGCCCUCAGGUUAUACCACCACCCAAUCUCAGAUCGGCACUGAACACACGUGCGAUUCCCACGGCAGCUACGGUGCUGCCACCAGCUCCUGCAGCCAAGCCUGCAGCUGCAAAACGCAAAAUGAAGGAGGCUUCUAAGGUGCCCUCUGAAAAGGUGCCGCAUGACGUUCGACAGCGGUACGUCAACAUGUUCACAGAAGAGUUCCUCAAAACUUCUGCCAAUGUUAAUGAUGCCUUUGAAAAGGCUCUAGCUGAGGAGAAGACUGUGUACACCCGCAGCAUGAACAAACUCAAAUAUCUCAGCAUCGCCAUUAAUGCACUCAAGAGGCUGAAACACCAAAAUGCUCUUCCUGCUAUAGAUAAUACAGAGUCCAGUAGCCAGAAAAUUAAAGGCAACAUCUCCCUGAAUCUGAAGAAGGUCAAAGAUGACUUGCUGCUUUCAGGUGACACAACGCUGUAUCACAGCUUGAUGGAUUAUGUCUUGACGGAAGACAAGUUAAUUGAGAGCGACUUUCCCAUUCAGCACCCUGAGAAGCCCGGCUGUGCCAUUCUUUUUGCCAACAGCAAGAAGACCAUCACAGACAGUCAGUCACUAAAGAAAAUCUGCUGCCGCUGCGGUGCCACCUAUUCUGUGAGCCCAACGGGAAGGCACGUCCGCAAAGAGGAGUGCAACUACCACCCUGGACGAGGAGUGGAGAGGAGAGUGCCUGGUGGAGUGGAGACCCGUUACAGUUGUUGUCAAGGAGUAAUGGGGGUGCCUGGAUGUCAGCUGUUCAAGUUGCACGUGCACGACUCCCUCAGCAUGGAGGGGUUUGUGACCACGGUACCAAGAAAUCCUUCUGACACGAGCUGUCCCGGAGUCUACGCUGUCAACUGUGAAAUGUGUUACACCAUUCAUGGUCUGGAGUUGCUGCGUGUGACUGUGGUCAACUCAAGCCUCCAAGUGAUCUUUGACACAUUUGUCAAACCUGACAACGAGAUUAUUGACUACAACACAAGAGUUUCAGGAAUCAGUGAGGAGGACUUGAAAGGGAAUUGCACCUCUCUGACUGAAGUGCAAAAGACCUUGUUGAAUCUCAUCAGUGCCGACACCAUCCUCAUUGGGCACGGACUGGAAACUGACUUUUGUGCCCUCAAGUUGUUCCAUGGGCGGGUGGUGGACACAUCGGUCGUCUUUCCUCACCACCUGGGACCUCCUCACAAGCUGACCCUCAACACUCUCACUGCGGAGUACUUGAGGAAGAUCAUCCAGGAGAGUGAUUGUGGACACGACACUGCCGAAGAUGCCGCUGCCUGCAUGGCGCUCAUGUUGUGGAAGAUCAAAGAUGGCAAACUGAAAAAUUAGGAGUUGUAUUGAUACUUUUCUGCACUACACAUUAAUAACCGUCCAAUUAUUUGAGUUGAACGUGUGAUGGAAACUUUUUUUUUUUCCCUUUUCUUUUUCUGGUCACUGUCACUGAGGACUGGUUGGGCAGGUGUGACCUCAUUAAAGGCAAACUCAAACCACUCAUUAUGUUGUGUGUUUAUUUCCUAGUGGCAUCAGCCAAUCAGAGGCAGAGCGAUAACGACUCAGCAGAUCAGCUGGAGAGAGGCUGCUGGUGCACCUGCAACUCAUUAGGAUGGCCAAUUGACAUGAAGAGGACAUUCUUACUGAAGAUAAGGAUCACAGCAUCUCCGCCAACAGAACUUGCAGCUCUUGACCAAGAGCAACAAGGUGAGUAGAAGGACUCCAAGCAGGAAGCCCAUGACAUCCAGACUGUGGUACUGGUACCAGGUGAGCUCGUGGGCUUGGACCCUCAAAUGUUUGGCCCCCUUGUUUCUCAUGGUGAACUCGAUCCAGAACACAGCCUCCUCCAGCGGGCUCAUGGGUCGGUCGUGGUGGAUCCUGGACAGGUGCAUGGCGUUUUCCUUGUACCUGAGGGUCAUUGAUAUCAACAUCAGUGUUGCAGCUUGCUCUUGGACCAUGACAGGGAUUGUAUUGCAGGCUAGGUAACUUUACCAACAGUAAGAGAUACAUGUGUUUUAUGUGUUAAGUGAAAGUUCUGCAGCAAGACAUGCUGUUUUCUACCAAGUAGAGAUCAUAGAUGUUGAUUUCAAACCCUAAAAGAAUGCUGAUAGAAGGAAAUUCAGUCGAAGAUGCACAACACAAAUGUUUAGGUGGUCAAAGAGGAUAGCAUACGUAUUUUGCCUCAAACACUAAUACUGGAUUUUCACAUUAACGUUCCUUUUGCAGAGUUUCUUUUUUGAUGGAGUAGAAUUCCUUACUACUCCCCUUUAGAAGAGACUUACGAUUUGUUGUUAAUGAUGGUAUUGACCGCAUUUGUGAGAUCUUCAGCCUUCAUGAAGUUCAGGUUCAGGAUCAGUGCCACCCCCUUGGCCUUCAAGUGCGCCAUGUUAUCAGGCUGGUCAGCGAACAUGGGAAUGCCCACCAUGGGGACGCCGUGGUAGAUGGCUUCAUAAAUGCCGUUAGUUCCGCCGUGAGUGAUGAAAACUCUGGUCUUCGAGUGCCCUGGGAAGAGUGAAUAUGAGGAGCGCUCAAGUAUUUAAGGUAAAUGGUUUUUGUGAUGUACAGAGAAAUGAAGGAAGACAAAGAGAGUGCAAAUGGUGGAGACUUCUGUGAUAUCAGAGCAGCAGCAAGAGGGAAGGAAAGCUUUAUCAGACAGCAGUGGUUGCUGUCAUUUUUAUACGUUUAGAAAUACAGUCACACUAUGGCUGUCUCAUAUCGGCAGUUGUCAAUCUGGCUCCUGUGCUUCAUAUUGAUGGAUCAAGUUUUCCUUUUCAGUCAAAUGUACCUCACCCACAAAUGACAAUGCAGGUCGGCGACCCAAAGCUGUCAAUGUUACAUACUCUUGCGUGUUUAUAAAAACUUGACUCAAGGUGCAGAACAAGUGGCCGCAUCAGCAUGUAUCACGAGAGUGGAACCUUAAGGUCACAGGUAACAGUCGGGUAAAGCAAUGCCCAUAGUUUCAGAAAAAGCAGUGGGAUGGGAAACAUUUGACUCAACAGAAAGCCUAACGCAGCAACAUGCAUGGCAGAUGGCUGACUUAAUCUGAGGGAUCAAAAAGGAGCAAAGACAAAUGUAUGGAUUCCAGAUUGUUUGAGAUGGGUGAAGAGGAGACAAUGUGGUUCAUGAGGACGUGGAGAGGACAGGUGUGAGUAGAGGAGGAUGAAGCCGCCUUAAGGAGGAGGGCUUGCAGUGGGAAACGACCAAAGAAGUCAAAUUUCUGCUCCCUCUGUCAGUUUGAUCUCAGGGAAACUUACCAAGCAAGUCGUUCUGGGGAAUCCAGUCGUAGAUUCUGGUAUUCGCACCCAGAGAGAGUGGUUUGCUGCCACUGUAUCGCCAUAGAACCUAAGAUUCGCAUUGAAAAUGGAGUGAUGAAAAGAAUGUUGUUGAAAUAUUCUGACACUUUUAUUCCCAAAACAUCUAGAAAUUACCUUAUGAAUUGUGAGUAUUUAAGACCAUUGCUACUGGAUACUUUGCUACUCCAGUCGGUUGAAACUUUGUUCCUCCACAUACAAAGGGCACAUUCUUCAUAACAACCUCUCUAUCUGCCUGCAAAUUCGAAUCUCUGUCAUGCAUUGAUAAAGAACUGCCCUGUGGUAUAUGGUAUAUGAGAGUCAGUGGGCAUGGACACAUGACAGCCCAGAAUCAUAGAUGGCAGGGAGUGGCGAGGCAUUUCUUAUCUUUAUGAAGUUGUUUAUUCAUGGUGCUAUCAAAGUGCAGUGUGCAUAGACGAGGCGUAGUCCAGAUUCAAAUUCUUACCUUCUGUGGGAGCCGGGCCAGUGCUGUGGCAAUCGCGUCUGCCUUGUCGUCGGUGAGGUUUUUGAUGGCAGAGCCCAGAGUGAACACGACAACACCAUCAUCACCGGAGCUUUGCACAAACUUUUCCAUGUCCUGAGGAAACGGCAUUCUUAACCACAUUUUCUUUGUUUCUUGUCCACACCUAUUUCUAACAAUUCUCCAUGAGCAACAGUCAGAAAUAACUGAGUGCUUUGAACAGAUUUUACAUCCCCAACACUCAACACCUGAAGUUGAGACUAAACCAGCUCACCUUGGUGCGAGGCAAGCUCAUAGUUUAGCAACAUGUAUUUUUAUUGGCCAUUGCACACCAUUCUUCACUUUGACUUGUGUCUUUUCCCUUCACAGACAUUCCAUUUUGGAUGCUGGGGGCUGAAAAACCGUCAAAUUAAGAUUACCAGAGAACAUUUUGGCCAUAAGUUGCCCAAUGAAAAACAAAAGAAAUCAAGGAACUCCUCAAAGAAUAGCUCCAUGGCCUCAGAGGAGAUGGGCACAUCGAAGGGCUCAUAUUGAAAGCGUGCAGUCUCGCUGCUGUUCAUAAAGACAGAGGAACUUGGAACCAGCACUGUCACCUCGUGUCCUCUGUCCACAAGCGUCUCCAGAACAGGCUUCAUGUUGAUCCAGUGGCUGCCCUCAGUGUACCAGACCAAAAUCCGUCCUCCACUGACACUUGCAGCUGUAAGGAGUGACAGCAGGAGCCACACAUGCAGUUGCUGUCGUCGUGCCAUGGUGGCUGUGUGUGGAAGGGAGCGGCUUGUGCAGUCUGGCCCUUUUGUAAAAGCUCCUGCAACCAAAACAAUGAUUAACUCAAGGCAGAUGACCUCUGGCUUGUUAUGAUGGCGAGCACUGCGUGAUUUACUGGAUCUGGCAUACACCCAGACGUGAUGGGGACGUAUGCAGGGAUUAAUAUGACAUACAUGGUGGAGGCUGACAACUCUUCCUUUUGUGUAAAUGGAGGAAACAGGAAUUUAGACUGGGGAACAAUACGAGGUUUGUGACCAAGGCAAACGCGAACAUGAUCAUGGAUCCAGAGCAAGAUGAAGUAUAGCACUGGCAGCAGAUGGAUGAGCUUCCCACUCCAGAGCUCUGCGUUAAAGGCAGUGUUUUGUGUAUUGUGAUUAUGUGGACUCUCAGUUUUGCUUAUAAUGCUGAUGUUGGUCAAUAACGUCAGUGUAUUUUCAAGGAAUACGUUUUGACAACUCUGAUGAGACGAGACAGACACUGUCGCUGUCAUGACCAUCAGCUCGCCCACUUUAAACGCCACUGCAUCAGGCUCCUCUAAUGUGACGUCAUCAUCCCACGGCAGGGAGGACGCUUUACACCAGCAGAUCGAUUUGGUACCUACCUCCACAAUCUCCUACCCUGGCAUGAUCUCCUCCCUUGUGACAUUUAUCCAAUGAGCGCAUGCGCACAUGGUUGGAUCUGAUCAUAAGCCAUAUGAGAAUGCAAUAACUGAAAUGCUGGCACAGAAUACGCAGUCAUGAAGAAGAAAAAUGUUUGGAUUAUUGAUUUUAAGUAUUUUUUCAAAAUAUACAGCAUAGGCUGAAAAACGAUGCAUUUUAAUUAGUUUAAUUCAUAUUAUUUUAUUGGAGUAAUUGCCCUGGUGAUGCAUUAGAAUAUUUUUCUCAUGAGUAAGAUCAUUUAUUUAUUCUCUCACCCCUGCUUCUUUGGUGUCUGAACAAUGGCUGCUUCACUCACUGACUGAAAUGAAACUACAACACGACAUAUGUAAUUCGGUCAAUAGAUAGAGCUAAUGAAAUGAACAAACGUUUACAGGUUCCACACAGCCCGCCCGGUCUGAUACUCUCAUCUGUGAACUGUGCGUGCACAUCUCUUGCUGUUAGCAGCCCCAACACGCGGGCGUACUGACAUUACUGAAAGGGGGUUUCCACGCUCAAACAAUCUGGGGGAAUGUCUCCUAUCUUUUGUUCGAUGGCUUUCCCCCUGAGUUUGUGACAAGUAACAGUGAAUCUCUGAGGUGAUAGUAGUCUAUGAGAAGAUAACCAACAUGCCUUCGACUAGGGAUGAUGAGUGGGAGUUUUUGAAAGCAUCGAGGACAACUACGACCUGCUACACUGAGAAGUCUAUCGCUGUCCAGGACGGGAUUUAACUGUCUUAAGGGACUGAUUCUUUCUUCCAGCAAGACAUAUCAGUCUCAUACACGUCAAACUCAACAUGUUUGAAAACAACCAGCUUUUGAAUAUUGAUGCCAGCCUCUACACCCUGUGCUCUUUAUAGCCAUCAGAGUUUUGAAAGAUUCAAGAAUAUGAAGCAAAGUACUUGUGGCUUCAUGGGAGGUAGAGACCCUUCCAAAAGUUGAGAGCCAAGGUUUGGUUUGAAGCAAGUUGUGAGGUGGGAUGGAACUUCUGAAUCAACGUGCUCACAGGAGCUACUGUAUCUGGAAAGUCUUUAGUGAUUAGAGCAGAAACCAUGGUCCUGUGAUCCAACUAUGAGGGAGCUGAGCAGCAGAUGCAGUAUUGUCUGCGGGAUUGUGGCUGAUGGUCAUGUAGUGCCAGUGAGUUUGAGAACUACCUUAUGUGUUCCGUGUGCUGCUGACAUAGAUGGAGAACUGACGAAAAGCAUUGUGGAUGUAGCCAAACAAAACAUUAAUUGUGAUUGUAAAAUACAGACCUACAAUACCAGAGGAUGGAGUUCAGGAGGAGCGUCAAGUGACCUUGACUUCACCUGUAGUUGCAGACUGCAGUCGCUGGGCUUGGAGCAGCUCAGGUAUCAUCAGUAUCAAGGUGUCAAUGAUGACAAACCCUAAGAUGUGCCUUUAAAAAAGGUAUUUUAUUUCCCUGACCAUGUUGAAACGAGACAUCACAUGAAGGAACCUAGGACCUGUUCACUGACAGUGAAACCUAGUCAGAUCUUUAGUGUCUGUGGGAGCUAAACUGUGCAGCCAGUGAACUGGGAACAAAAUGAGUUGAAAUGUGUUUUCUCCUCAAAAUAUGACCUCAUUAGGAUAUUCUCUGCUUGAAGACAAGCUUCACCAGCUCAACGUGCCUGACUCCCU